AUGUCGUCUGACAGCGGGCGCCCCAAGCCCCACGGGGCCUUUCACAACCAAAAAUGUGCCGGCUACCGCGAUGGUCAGUCCCACGCGCCUGCCCCUUUCAUUAACCAACAAAAAAAUGCAGCAAGGCGGCGUGCAAGGGUCCUGAUUGCAGAGUACGCGGAGUCCAAACGCAAAGUCAACAACGCGCCCACAAACUCACCAAGCCAUUACACACGGGCCCAAAAAAACACAACACCUUUCAAACUCGAGGUCCUCCGCCGAGUGUUCAAUAACAUGUACUGCAAAUACAUCACGCUUAAAACCCAGUGA